AUGGAGUUAAGUUCGGUGGUUUUGACAACCGGGGGAUCUGUGGUAUUUUUUAGGCUUGUGAACGCCGCGAUCGGUAAACUUCCCAAGCCCGAAUCUGCCCAUAGAAAUGCCUGGAAGUGGAGAAACAUCGCGACUUCCUUUGUGCACAGUUUUGUCACAGCGAUAUGGGCAGUGCUUUGUUUUUUCCGUCAACCCCAGAUGGCAGAGGAUUUGAUAGACACAUUCUCAGUGUUUUCUCAUGCACUGGUUUCCUUUUCAAUCGGUUAUUUCAUCUAUGAUUUCUUUGACAUGGUGCUAAACCAGAAGAUUGGUGCAUCAUGGGAGCUUCUCUUUCAUCACACAGUGGUGAUUACUUGUUUUGGCCUCUCGGUGGUGUCCUGUCAUUAUGUGGGCUUUGCUGUGGUCGCCCUCCUGGUGGAGAUCAACUCUGUCUUCCUUCAUCUCCGGCAGAUGCUGCGAAUGGCCAACAUCGCCGUGGGAACAUUGUACCGCGUCAACAGCAUCAUAAACCUGGGCACUUACGUGGUGUUUCGCAUCAACACACUGGCGUGGAUGACUCGUUGGCUGGUGCUUAACCGGGACAAGGUCCCUCUUCUGGCCUAUACUUUGGGCAGUGUGGGAAUGGCCAUCAUGACAGUCAUGAAUAUAGUGUUGUUCUAUCGGCUGCUCAGGACUGACUUCCUAAAAACAAGCACACGUGAGACAAAAAAAGACAAAGACAUGUAG